AUGCAUGAUGCCUACGUUACAUGGGAAGAGGGCAAGCAGAUUUGUGUUGAGUUGGGUGGGGUGAUGGUUGUCCCUCAAUCCGAAGAAGAAUUACAACACCUCGACAACAUCUUCAGUGGUCAAUUGUUCUGGAUUGGGUGCACCGACAUUGUCGUUGAAGGUACCUGGGUGUGUUUUGGUGAAGAUACUAUUGACGAACAGGACGAGAGAUGGGCUGCCGGUGAGCCAGAUAGUAACGGCAACGAGGAUUGCGCUUUGAGGGCUACUUCAGGCUGGUACGAUAAUGGAUGUGACGUUUACACUAAUUUAAUCUGUCAGCGCCCUGCGUAA